CUCACGCAUUUUCUGAACUAAUGGCUCUCCGGUGGAUCUCCCACAGCUUCGUCGGAACGUCUCAUCUGCACGCCUUGCUGGUUGCAGUCGCGCUGUGUCUGCUUGGACUUCUCGUGUGCUUUGUCGUUGUACCCGCCACAGCAGAGUGGAUAAAAACCUGGCUGGCUCUUAGGCCGCUGCCAGGACCAUGGGAUGGCGUUCCUUUCUGGUUCUCCGCUGUCGCUUACUGGAACAAAAGUCGAGAGUACAGCGCUAAGGACGCCGCCGUCGGGUUAUUUAGUGUCAUAUGUGAACUGUGCGAAACUUAUAAAGGAAAGACAUUCAAGGCCUACAUGGGCAUGCUACCCAUCGUAGUUCUUCACACUCCUGAAGCAGUCGAGCCACUUCUCUCCAGCAAGGACAACUUGGCGAAGCCGGACAUGUACAAUUUUAUAGCUGCCUGGCUUGGGCCAAACAAUCUUCUGACAAGCCGAGGGGAGCCUUGGAGGCAAAAGCGCAAAAUAUUCACCCCCGCAUUCCACGCACGUGUGCUCGACACCUACAUGGACGUUUUCCACAGCAACAGCGAAGGUUUCGUUCACCAAAUCGAACAGUUCAUGCAAAGCUACCCAAAUGAACCUUUCGGCUGUUUUAAGGGGCUUCAGAAAUGCUUCGUGGACAUCAUGGCCCGUGUAUGUAUGGGAGUCGAGCUGCAUACGCAACAAGACAAAAGAAACUUCUUCGGCAACUGCUUCAACCGGCUGUCAUACCUGACUGCUAUUCGUGGUUGCCGACCUUGGCUCUGGAUGCAACAAGUCUACGACAUGACGAAAGAAGGAAAAGUGUUCAAGAGCACCGUGCAAAAGAUGCAGAUGUUCAGUUAUUCGGUACUCAGAGUAAGGAAAGAAUGGCUUCUCAAAAACCACUCGACAAACACGAAGGACAUGAACCUGAAAAGAGAUUCCACACCGUCCGAGUCCCCUUCGCUGUUCUUGGACGCCUUGCUGGCUUGGAACAUCAGGGACCCCGCUUAUUCCAUCGAGGAAAUAAAGAACGACGUUGACUCUAUCAUAUUCGCGGGCACCGACUCAACUGCGUCGGGUGUAAGCUGGACCAUCUAUCUGCUGGGUCUUCACCCGUCCAAGUUGGCGAAAGUUCACGAAGAGCUGGACCGAGUUCUCGGACGAGACAAAGAUGGAGUUAUCAGAAGCGAUGAUCUUCUGCAGCUUAAUUACCUCGAAUGCUGCCUGAAGGAGUCCCUUCGCCUUUACCCACCAUUCCCGCUUUUCGGAAGGAAACUAGAACACGACAUGAUAAUAGAUGGCUACCGCCUUCCCAAAGGCCUGACUUGUUUCGUCAACCUCUACAGUCUGCACAGAGACCCCAGACACUUCCGGCAGCCCGACAGCUUCUUCCCUGAGCGCUUCCUGGGCGAGGAGUUUGCGCAGCGCCAUCCCUACUCCUACAUCCCAUUCUCGGCGGGACCCAAGAACUGCCUAGGUCAACGCUUCUUCAUGCAAGAGGCAAAGCUGUUGCUGGCGAAGGUUUUAUCCAAAUUCAGCGUGGAGUCAACGAAACCUGUGGAAGAACUCAAGAUCACAUACGAAGUCGUUCUCAAAGCCAGGGGAAGUCUGCGUGUCUGGUUUCGCACGAGGAAUGCGGCAGAUGUGGAGCACUCACCACAGAAUUGCACUGCACUGUCAUGUCGUACUCGUGUUCCUUGUUCAUAGCAAUGAGAAGGAGAAAAGAACCAGAGGUACAAAAA